AAAGUAUUUCUAUUUAUGCUCACUGCCCAAACCAAACCUACCUUCAAAAACUCCAUUACAAUUAAAUCUCUGUUCCUCUCUGAUUUCUUACCCUUCCAAGACAAAAAAAAUAUUCUUCUUUUAUUCUCCCCUUUGUUUUCUUCAAAUAGUGACUGUCACAAAAGCUCGUCGACUAAACCCAGUUCCCAAAUUAGAUUGUGAUCAUGGAGGGUAGAAGGAGGGCUAGCCAGAGAAGAUCACAAAGCAAGAAGCCGCCGCGUGGGUAUUGGCAGCCUAAGAUCCCCGCGUGGGAGAAAGAGUUCUGCAAAGUGGUUGGAUCGAUGGACUGGGAGACAUUACUGCAGAUGAAGAGAUUUAUGCACUUAUACGACAAGGUGAUGGAGUGGAACGACUCUGCAGGCGAGGAAGCAUUCAGCAACGCCAAGAAACGGUACUGGGCCAACAAAAACGGCUUAUCCUGUCACGUGUCACUGCCUGAUCCCGAUCUUUACAUUGACAAGAUCAAUUGGGAUUCAGACAAUGAUCCCGAGCUGCUGUUGCCAGAUGUCGUGAGCCUGGCCGCGAGUCCCCAGACAGAGGAAGAUCAGUAUCACGACCCUGUCGUGAUCUUUGGCGAUUCUGCCAUUCCGGACAAUGUUUUUGCUACCGUAGGCUGGGGUGAUUGGGAAGAGAACUUCGUUGCUCCGGCUGCUUGUUCAUCCACUAAUUAUCUCGAUCCAUGGAACGAGCGGGGCCCAUCUGGGUGGUCGGGGUAUCAUAACAACGGAUGGCAAGGCUACUCCAACGACACGUGGCAAUACAACAACGGGAGCAGGCAAUGGGGAGGUGAUUGGAGUUGGAACUAUGCUAAUCAUUGUUAUAGUAACUACGUGGGAACCGACACAAGAGACGCGUGGGGAGAUGGGCGCUGGAACGACAACCCGACGACCGGAUUUGUGUCUCAGUCUGAUUCAGUCCGUGCACACCCCUAGAGCAAUGCUUGUGUUAAAUGUGAAUUUUGUGUAGUAUUUUGAUGUUGAGAAUUCAUUCUAUUUAGGUCGAGAUGUUUUGUGUAGCCAACCGCUUGAGAUGAUAGAGAUGUGAGGUUAUUUGAUGUAUGUAUACAUUAUACAGUUAGUAGGAGAAUUCUCUUAAUUUUAUCAA